GACACAAUCUGGUUUUCCAGCUCAAGGCGUUUCUUUCUCUCUAUCAAAUCUUCCGUUUUGCUAUCAGAAUUUCAACAAUUCUCGAUUCUCUUCUUCUACACAAGCCUUGGAAUUCCAGUUUUCUUUGCAAAAUCUUUCAAACAAAAUACCCAAAUUGCUCGAUCAAGAUCUCCGUCGCUUUUCCUCCAUCGAAAGAGCUUUCGAUCAGAUUGAAAAGCGUUCUUCAAUUGCCCCGUGUCGAAGGCAGGUAGUUGCUGUUGAAGAGAAGAACUCUGCAAUCAUAAGCUUCAAUUCUGAGAUGGAUUGGGUUUAGGGUACAGAAUGAUUAUUGGGUAUUUGAGUUCGGGGCUCUGAUUGUUUAGCCAUGUGGUUUUCCUUCUGGAGAUCCAGGGAUCGAUUCUCGUUGGAAGAACUCAGGUAUUUAACUGAUCAGCUGCUAAAGAUUCAAAUAGUCAAUGAGGUUAAUAAGGAUUUUGUUAUUGAGGCGCUGCGAUCGAUAUCAGAGUUGAUAACUUACGGUGACCAGCACGAUGCAUCCUUUUUUGAGUUUUUCAUGGAGAAGCAAAUCAUGGCAGAAUUUGUACGAAUUUUGACAAUUAGCAGGACUGGAAGUGUUUCACUUCAGUUGUUGCAGACAAUGAGCAUUAUAAUUCAGAACCUUAAAAGUGAACAUGCUAUAUAUUACCUAUUCAGUACUGAACAUAUGAACAAGCUAAUAACAUAUGCAUUUGAUUUCCGGAGUGAUGAGUUGUUGUCUUACUAUAUAUCUUUCUUAAGAGCAAUUAGUGGAAAGCUGAACAAGAACACAAUCUCCCUUCUUGUGAAAACUCAAAAGGAUAAAGUAGUAUCUUUUCCAAUGUAUGUAGAGGCUAUACGGUUUGCUUUUCAUGAAGAAACUAUGAUCCGCACAGCAGUUCGGGCUUUGACGCUUAAUGUAUACCAUGUUGGAGAUGAUUAUGUCAAUAGAUUCAUCACCAGCCCUCCUCAUGCAGAAUAUUUCUCAAAUUUAGUUUACUUUUUUAGGAAGCAGUGUAUUAAGUUGAAUGAGUUGGUCUUUGAGACAGUGAGAAGCACUGAGCUCUCAACUUCUACAAUUCUUGCUGCUGUAGAUGAAAUUGAAGACAAUCUAUACUAUAUUAGUGACGUUAUUUCUGCAGGGAUUCCUGACGUGGGAAUGUUAAUAACUGAUAACAUCUUGCGACACUUAAUAUUUCCUUUGCUUCUUCCGUCUUUGAGGAUAGAGGCUGUUAAUGGAAUACAUAUUGGAGCUGUCACUUCUCUGUAUUUGCUUUGUUGCAUUUUGCGCAUAGUUAAAAUUAAAGAUCUGGCGAACACCAUCUCUGCUGCCUUUUUCUGUCCAUUGGAUGCCUUCUCCCCACACUGUGAAGACGGACUUAAUGGGACUAUGGCUCAAUUAUGUUGCGAAAAUAAUAGCAGCAACUCAUCCGGGAGUGAUAGCAUUGUGAGGCAGCCAUUGGAUGCUGAAUCUUUAAGAAAAGAAGUAUCGGAUUCAUCUGCUUCUAAACCGGAGUUAGAAGAUGGGACUAUGAAGAAUGGUUGUCCCGGCUCCCACUUGGAAUUAAGGGAAGCUUUGCUUUCUCAUAUUACAAUUGGGGACGAUGUGCAAGUCUUGGGUGCUUUAAGCGUUCUGGCUACACUAUUGCAAACCAAAGAACUGGAUGAGUCAAUGCUGGAUGCUAUCGGAAUUCUUCCUCAAAGAAAACAACAUAAGAAAUUGUUAUUGGAAGCCUUAGUUGGUGAGGAUUCCGGCGAGGAGCAACUCUUUUCUUCAGAAAAUACCUCAGUGAAAGGUGGCAUCAAUAUUGAACUUGAUGGUUACCUACAGAAGCUUAAGGAUUAUGGCAUUUCAUCUUUUCUUAAAGUAGGUGCAAGCCCUCGUAUCCAUAGGUUUGAGGUGCUAGAUGCAUUGGUCAGCCUCUUUUGUCGUUCAAAUAUCUCCGCCGAAAUAUUGUGGGAUGGGGGGUGGCUUCUGCGUCAGUUGUUACCUUACAGUGAGGCGGAGUUUAAUAGUCAUCAUCUAAAAUUGUUGAAAGUAAGUUAUACAUGGAAGAGUACUGAGAACAUUUCUCGNGAGUGGAAAAAGUGCAAAAGAGUAAUUGAAGCCCCAUCACCAAGGAAAGAACCAAAAUGCAUGCUCUUGCACCAUGCGAAGGCUUCUGUUGUAGAUGAUGCUGUUCCACCUGAAUCAUCAUUCGCUGCUGGUCAAAGAAUGUCUGAGUUGGUUAAGGUAUUUGUUCUUCUACACCAACUUCAGUCAUUUUCCCAUGGCAAGGCUUUGUCAGAACAGCCUGGUAUUGGCCCUCCCUCGGAAAUUCCUCAAUGUUCCCGUGCAAAGGUUGCUGAACUAGAUGCUUCAGGACCUAAACCGGGUGCUGAGAUGAGACUUGAUGGUUCUGUUCCUUGUAGAAUUGCGUUUGAGAGGGGAAAAGAGCGCCAUUUUUACUUCCUUGGAACCUCUAUGGGAACUUUCGGGUGGAUAAUUCUUGCUGAAGAAGUGCCAUCGAAACCGAAUUAUGGAAUUAUUCGAGUCGCUGCACCUCUUGCUGGGUCAAAUCCUAGAAUUGAUGAAAAACACUCAAGGUGGCUGCAUUUGAGAAUUCGUCCAUCAACGUUACCCUUUCUGGAUCCCGCUAAACACGGUACCCCGUCAAAGUUAAAGACGAAACCGUUUGUGGAUGGGAGAUGGAUCCUAGCAUUCCAGGACGAGGAUUCUUGCAAAUCCGCUUUGUCUAUGGUUCUGGAGGAGAUCAAUCUGCAAAGCAAGGAGGUAGAGAGAAGACUGAAACCAUUGGUCGAUCUCGAACGAGCUGUAGAUUCAUCGGAUGCAUCUGUAUGUUCUUCUAAGACAUUGACUUCUAAUGCAACUCCUAAUCUAUUGUGAGUAUGAAUGAAUGUAUCAAUUUUCAUAUAUGUUAUUCCCCUAAUAAUAGAAUUGCUUAAUCACCGGGUGAUGUAUUAUUUUAUGUAACCACCCUUCUAUAUGUUCAGCUCCCUACCUCAGAAAUGCGAAGCAAAGAAGAGUAGUUUUAGCAUCUGAGAGUUUGUAUCAUUCUUUGUAUAGUCUUUUGUCACAUCAUUUGUUGACUGGUUUUAGCCCUUCAUUCUUUUGUUGAUCUAACCAUAUAGUUGAUUGAACCUUAAUGUUGGUGCAAUUUCCCCCAAGCUUUUUUCA